CCUUACAAAUGUCUUUUUUGAGUCGCUUUCCUUCUAGUCUUUCCCUCUUCCCUCACCACCGUCUCUGCCUUUCAUUUCCCUAACACAGACAGUCACAUCAUUGCUCACCUCUUCCUUUACCUCUUAAUUAACCCCUGAGACGUUAUUGUUCUUCCUUUAGCUCAAUUAUCCAUCUCUUGCUUGCUCAAGGUGAGUGAAGUGAUUGGAAUGAGGAACGAUGAUUUUGGACCGCCAUGGUUGAAGCCACUGCUCAAGUCUAACUACUUCCAUACUUGUCCAGUUCAUGAGGAUUCAAGUAAGAGUGAAUGCAAUAUGUAUUGCUUGGACUGCAUGGGAACUGCUCUCUGCUCUUACUGUUUGAGCAAUCACAAAGACCAUCGCCUUGUUCAAAUAAGGAGAUCAUCGUACCAUAAUGUGGUGAGGGUGAAUGAAAUUCAGAGAUACAUCGACAUUUCAUGCAUUCAGACAUACAUUAUCAAUAGCGCCAAGAUUGUGUUUCUCAAUGAGCGGCCGCAGCCCAGACCUGGAAAAGGUGUAACCAAUACUUGUGAAAUCUGUGGCCGAAGCCUACUUGACUCAUUCAGAUUCUGCUCCCUAGGCUGCAAGGAUGUAUUUAUCUUCUCUGGUAGCUUCACCUAUAUGAGACUGAAUGGUAUAAAGCGAGGUGAUGAAGAGUUGACAUUUACAGCGAAGGUGAAGCCUAAUCAAGGCUUUGAAUCAGAUGAAUCAUCGACCCCUAAGAAGAGGCAACGCAGAGUAUUUGGGUUUCGUCAUCUGAAUAUUGAGGGACAUAAUGCAUAUUCCGAUCCUCUUGAGACGGACAAAUCAUUUGGCUCUAAUUCUGGAGAUGAAGAAGCAUUCCGCAUCUACAAUAUGUCUCCUGAUACGCCUCCUAUCUACAACCACAGGAAUUCAAGCAGGAGGAAAGGCAUCCCCCAUCGUGCCCCUUUUUAAUACACAGCAAAACAAUAAGCCCCUGUCACACAUAUAUACACCUUAACUAUACAUACAAGCAUGUGCGUUAGGUAGCUAGGAGAAAUUUGUAUAGGAGUGUAUGAUGCCCCGCUAUUUGUUAUGCAUGUUUUAAUGGAUCCUUUUAUGUUAAUUUACUAGCAGCGGUGAAGGAAACAGGAGCAAAGAAGAAAAACACUUGUAAAAAGAUGAUAUACGUAGAAAAUGAUGUAUAUAUUACUGUUUGGUAUAUAUUGUGCCUCUACUAGAAGGAUAUUUAUACAUUUCUAUUCAGUUCU